GUUGACUCAGAAAAUGGAGAGCAAGAAAAUCCGUUGUCUUCCUACCCUUGUUUUCUCUCUCCUCUUGAUAGAAAAUGUGAUGGCAUCCCGGGUUCUGGCCGCAUCUGAUCCUAUUGGUAAGCGCGAUAAAUCCAUCCCAUUUCGAGUAAGUCCUCCUGGGGGGACGGCUGCGAGAGGGAGCCCGCCGCUCAGGGAUAACCAUUGGAGUAGUGUCAAAUCGGACCGCGGGGAGGUCCGGGAGCCUCCGCCUGGAGCAAAUACCAUGCUUUCGGGAGCGGGCCGACGGAACAAGUCCGCGAGAAGUGUCGCGGUCGCCCCGACCACCGCUAAAGUCAAAGUCUCGACCGCCGUUUCUCCUACAAGCGCCACUUCACGCGAGCAGCGUCCAUAGCAGAGCCACCACUUCAAGGACCCGCUCCACUAGCGUCAGUUCAAACAGCAGCGUCGAUAUCAUCUAACAUCCUUGAUGAUUGCUAAGUGAAGAAGCAAAAAUUCUAGAUGAUGGUUGUUUUCUUUUUCUUUCUUCUGGGUUGUCUUCUCAAUCUCGUUCGAGUAAAGUGAUGUAUUGUUUUGAAGAGUUGUGUCUAUUAGUAUAACUGUCCGUAAACGUGUGUAAGGUUCCUCUUAAUUUUGGAAGUGAGUUUUGUCUUUUUGUUUGAGAAAGUUGCAAACUUUCUUUAUAUAUGUAUGUGUAUGUUUACAUAUGGACCUU